AAGAAGAUUCACCUUCAAGUACAGCCAGUGUUCUGAAGGUUCCAAACAAUUGUGCAAUCUCAUCUUGUCACCCCUGAAAUAUAGAUAAACCCAGUACCGUUCGCUUCAUAACACAAUGCUGACUCUCAAACAGGUUGUCACUUUUGGUUUCGAUGGUUUCCAGACCUACAUUGGCCCCGGGACCGGCCCUGCCGAUAAGACCAAGAAUUGCCAGCUGCACCUGAACCUCAAGUACCCAGGCGGCUUUCAGUUCGCCGUCGUUGAGUCUACAUACCACGGCUACGCCCAGCUCGACACGGGCGUCACCGGAAACUUCUACUCAACUUACUACUUUUCCCAGGACGCAGGCCACACUACCACCACACAAACCUCCAUCGCCGGAGGAGGCGUCUGGGCCAGCGGAGAAGUCUACACGAAGCAGGACCAGGUCCCCACCGCGUCCACCAUCUGGUCUCCUUGCGGCGCCACGGGCAUACUCAACGUGAACAACCGCAUUGCUCUGACCAGUAGCAACUCGACGGCCUCGGGCCAGAUCUCGGAUGACGAUGCCACCGUCGCCUUUACCCAACAGCUUCACGUGUCUUGGCAGGCAUGCAUUGACCCCAAAUAAGUCUACUACAUGGAAAAGAAGAUGGCCUGUCAGGUGGUGGUGGUGGUGGUGAGAGGAGCUGAAUUUACUCACACUCAUUCUGCAUCAUUUUGG